GCCCAAUCUGGCAACUCCUGCGUCUCAAAGGAGGAGUCUCGAGGAAUGUAUUUGUCAGACACAGUCAGUCCCAUCAGACCUGUGAAGAAAGCAGGACGCAUGAUUUCUGUGAAACUAUUUGGCAUUCACCUUAUCACACAGAAUGGUACAACAGUGAAGCAAGUCAGUAAAAUUCCACUGUUCAGUCUGUCUGGAUCUACUGAACGAUCCAGUCACUAUUCCCUGUGGACACAACUACUGUAUGAGUUGUAUUAAAGGACAAUGGAAUAAAGAGGAUCCAAAAGGAGCCUACAGCUGUCCUCAGUGCAGAAAGAGUUUCAUAUCAAGGCCUGAUCUGGAGAAAAACAGCAUGUUAGAAGGGUUAGGAGAGGACUUGAAGACAUCUGGACACCAAGCUGCUUCAGCUGAUCUCUGCUAUGCUGGACCUGAAGAUGUUUCCUGUGAUGUCUGCACUGAAAAGAAGCAGAAAGCAGUGAAGUCCUGUCUGGUAUGUUUGGUUUCUUACUGUGAGAAACACCUCCAGCCUCACCAUGACUCCUCUGCCUUUGACAAACACAAGCUGGUCAAACCAUCCAACAGGCUGAAAGGGAACAUCUGUUCAACUCAUAAUGAGGUGAUGAAGACGUUCUGCCGUACUGAUCAGCAGUGUAUCUGUUAUGUCUGCUGCAUGGACAAACAUAAACGCCAUGUAACAGUUCCAGUUGAAGUUGAAAGGGCAGAAAAAGACAAAGACCUUAAGAUGAAUCUGCAGGAAGUCCAGAAGAAAAUUCAGACCAGAGUGGAGGAAGGUAAAGUGCUUGAGAAAGAGAUGGAGGGGAUCAAACUGUCUGCUGAUAAAACAAUUGAAGACAGUGAUGCCAUCAUCAAUGAGCUGGUGAGUUACAUUAAAGAAAAAGGCUCAAAUCUAAAGCAGCAGAUCAAAUCCCAGCAGGAAACUGAAGAGAGUCGAGUCAAAGAGCUUCAGAAUAAUCUGGAGCAGGAGAUCACUGAGCUGAGGAGGAAAGAAGAGGAGCUGAAGCAGCUUUCAGACACAGAGGGCCACACUGAAUUUCUACUAAGUUACUCCAUGAUGUCAAAACUCAGUGAAAAUACAGAUUCACCAAGCUUUAAAAUGUGUCAAGUUAAGUACUUUGAGGAUCUGCAAACAGCAGUGUUAGAAGCCAGAGAAAAUCUCAAAGCAUUUCUAAGUGAGGAAUGGAGGAAGAUCACUCUGACAGUGAGAUCAGUGGAUGUUUUAUUGCCACAAAUUGAACCUAAGAUCAGAGAUGACUUUUUAAAACAUUCAUGUCAACUGACGAUGGACCCAGAUACAGUCCACAAAAAUCUCUUCCUAUCUAAUCAGAACAGAACCGUAUCAGACAGUGCUCCAAAUCCAAAUAUCUAUCCUGCAUAUAAAACAAGGGACAGGUUUUCCAUCCAGCAGCAGGUCCUGAGUAAGGAGAGUCUGAUUGGACCUUGUUACUGGGAGGUGGAGAUGAAAGGGAAAGGUCUUUCAGUAGCCGUGACGUACAAGAAUAAAAACAAACUGGAUCAAAGUGAAUUUGGAAGUAACAAUAAUUCUUGGAGAUUAGAUUGUUACAAGGACAGUUAUAAAUUCAGACACAAUAAAAUCACAACUCCCCUCUCAGGCCCUCUGUCCUCCAAAGUAGGAGUGUACGUGGAUCCCAGAGCAGGUGUUCUUUCUUUCUACAGCGUCUCUGACACCAUGGCCCUCCUCCACAGAGUCCAGACCACAUUCACUGAGCCGCUCUAUGCUGGGCUGUGGAUUUGGAAGAGUUAUUGGGCUGAAAACACUGCUACAUUUAAUGAGAUAAAAUAGACCGUCUUCAUUGGUUUGUGAACCCAUCUUGUUCUUUUCUUUAUUCGCUGGUCAAAUGCCAAUCAAACAUCUUAAACCCUCCGUGACACCAGAGAAAUAUGAGAAAUAUUUCAUAUUUCUCUGACACCUGCAUAGAUUUCUUUGUGCAGGAACUUGAAAUCAGUAGCAGCUAGGUAUGACGAGUGCCAGUGUCUGCACAUGUAUCAUUAAUCAAAAUGUGAGAUUUGUUUUGUACGGUUUAUACUGUUGCUGUGAGGUUCUCUCUUUUACUGUAUGAAUCAUUCAUGAACUUUCUCAAUCAUUUUCUAUGUCUUCCUUUCACUUUUAAGCAUUUUAAGGAAAUAACUGUAAUGU